CGCUACUAUCGCAUGAUACUGCAGAUUCACAUUGUCCUUUCCAGACUGCUCUCCUCAUCUCAUGCCACCGGCAUUCAAAACGUCUGCUCUUUCCCACCACAUCAGCCGCAACCCGACUCUUGUUCAAGAAUCGCAGUUGAUGCUACCCACCUCGAUCCUUUUUACUCCCGCCUUCCAACGGAGCCCACUCGUUCUGAGGUCACACGCACGUGCAGCCUCGCAAGCGUUCAAGAGUCUAGCACCUGCCAGCAUUCCCGCUCAUUCCGCUCGUACGUGCUGCAGCAAAGCAGCCGACUCCAUCGCUGGAAGACCGCUGCAGAGUCACAAGCCGAGCAGGAGUCUUCACACUACUCCCAUCGUAUCCAAAGACUCCGAGCCUCCCAAAAUGACGACGACGCUGGCCACCAUCCUGUCCCGCAACGACUCUUGGGUCUCAUCGUACGGUCCAGCGCACAUCGAAGAGUUUAAAGCGAACGCGCAAGGUCAAUCACCCAAGGUGCUCUGGAUCGGUUGCAGCGAUAGCAGAGUUCCCGAAGGCGUCGUCUGCCAAACUGCUCCUGGUGAACUCUUUGUGCACAGAAACAUUGCUGGACAAUUCAACCCCAAGGAUGACUCUGCCAACUCGGUUCUGACGUACGCGGUCGAGGCGUUGGGCGUGGAGCAGAUCGUCGUUGUCGGACAUACCUCAUGCGGCGGUGUGGCAGCCUCUUUACAGUGCGCCGCAUCAAAGCAAGACCUGCCGUCGGCUCCUCUGGCUCGCUAUCUCACCCCUCUGAUCAGCUUGGCCGACAAGAUCAGGGCCUCGCCAGAAGCCCAAGGUCUUAGCGAGGCAGAGCUCGUACAGCUCAUCACUGAGCGCAGCGUAAAGCAGCAGAUGGAAAACAUUGUAGAGUCUGAUGUGAUCAAGGCCAAUUGGGCAGGAAAGAAGAGCGCUUUCCCCGGAGAAGCAACCAAAAAGGUUGAAGUUCAUGGCUGGGUCCACAACAUCGCAACCGGCAAGAUCACCGACCUUGGUAUCAGCAUCUUGCCUCCGCAAUGAAUGAGAGCAGCUGCAAGCACUUUCUGGGUAUAUGGCUGAGUCACGGUGUCCACAAUCACAGAGCAAAGUGCGUUAUCGUAUCACCCAUGUUGUUAUCACCUACUUCAGAAUAGCAUAAGUCUUCGUCGCAUCCGACAGCACGCGGGUGUGGAGCAAGCAAGCAUCAGCCAGCAGCAAGAAACUAUAUAUUGAUUGCGAAACAGAACAAAGGCAUUUGAGACAACAGAGUAUCGUGAGGAGGCAUGGAGCGAUGAAGCAGACUCGGAGCAGAAGGACCGACAAGGCAGAUACUCAAAAAGGCAGACAG